GAACGGCACGAAUGUAUUUUUGGUAUGACGGUGGCGGCAGCGGCCGAGUCCUUGUCGAUCACUUCCGAUUUCUCACGCCGCGAUCGCCGUGCUGAGGUUGCUGCGCGAUGAGCAUGUCUACUGCAGCGCCACCAGCGUCCCCUUCAAAGACGUCGAUUGCUGCGCGCAUCAACAACGUGAAAACGAUGGAGCUGCCCAAGGUGCUGCGGCUCAUGCGGGUGUGCAACGUCGGGUGCUCGCUGCUCCAAGUCAUUGCCGGCAUCACGGGGCUCAUUAGCAUUGUCACGCUCAACGUGACGGGUGGCCUCGUGUCCGUGUACGUGAUCACGUUUGGCCUGCUCUUCCUCUUGUUCGAGUGUCGGUUGAGCAGCAUGGAGACACGCAUCCGUCGCAACUUUGGCUUUUUGUACUCGUACAAGGGCCGCGCCGCGUUCAUUUUCUUCAUUGGAUUCCUUGACUUUGGCAUGAACACGACCCUUGGCACGGUCGCGGGAGUCUUCAUGUGCUGCAACGCGUUGUUGAACCUGUUCAUCAUGUGCCAACAUCCCGAGUUCAAGUCGGGGCACAUCAGUGCCAGUGCCGACCCCACGUCGGGAUAUACCACGGGCAACCAAGAGGCCGCAGCGUACCUCAACGCGAACCCCCACGUGGCCAUGCAAGCCGGCACGUUUGCGCUGUCGUCCGUGACGACGAAGACCUAGUACCGACAUCCCGAGCUCAUGCCAGGACGCAAUACGUGUAGCUGGCGUACUUAGCGCCGCAGGAUAUAUAUAUACCACUCAUCCAUCUUCACUA